AGGCGCACACGAGUGCCGAGAGUAGGUGUGAAGACUGCGUUUUAGGAUAGGAUCUUUUUUUUUUUGCAGCUCCGAUGCACCUACCGCGCGUGUGUGCUAGCUUGGGCAGGGUCUCGGUGGAGUUCCCUUCAGGGUUUGUACAUAGAAGCUUUGGUGUGAAAACUCCUGCUUCAGAGGGACCGAUGUUUGAAUCUGACAGUGAAGUUCCCAUUUACAACCUCAAUUCCAGAAAACAAACACUCUUA